CAACAAAGAACACACUGUCGCUCCUGCCAGUGAGAUUGAGCAAGGCAAAGAUACACAGAUUCACUCGGCAUCCUCGAACUGACCAGUAUGGGACAGACCCAGGACAAAUUAGAAGGCGGAGAAUCGACAUUUGUUGACGGAUUGGAGGACUCGCACCCUUACUGUGGAGAUCAUUCAGAUGAUGUCAUGAAGGCAGGAAGUGCCUGUGAAGAGGAGACUGGCAACACAAAGGAAAAAAAAUAUUCAGAGGAGCCGGACACGGAGGAUUUGAAUGAGAGCCACAAUCGGGAGCCAAUAACACCUUCCAAUGAGAAGCAUAUUAAUUUGUGGGAGAGACAGUUUUCUGCAGGAGGGGUGAAACUAAGAGGAGUGUCAGGAAGUUGUAAAGGAGAAGGAGGAGGUAGGGCCAAUCCAUUGGAUCCACCAGGCAAAAGCCACAAAGGUAGCGAAACAAUCGAGGAAAGAGCUUCGACAUACAAGUUGUUCAACAAGACUGAAGAAAAGAUUGCUGAGAAUCACAUUGAAGUCUCCUCGAAGGUUAAAAUGGAGGACCAAGGUGAGGGAAACCAAAACAAAUGUGAGUUGUUACACAUUACACCCUCUUGGGAUUCAGACUCUAUAAUGCUACAAAUGGAAGCAAACAGAGCUCACGACCCUGAUCCAGCCACAGACACCGAACCCGGUUCUAUUUUGGAGAAGCUACUGAAGAAAAACCGAAAGGAGACAUGUCCAGCUCUAGACAAAAUGCAGGAGAUGGAAACUGGUAAAUUAGUAGUGGAGUUAGACAUGACCACGCCUGCCACUGCAGCGAAUGCUUUCACUGAGGAAAGGAACACAGCCACCCACAGCAUAUUAUCAUCUUCACCAAUCAAAACAACACAGGGUGACUUUGAAGUGGAAGAUCCCGCUGACCUUUUAUCCAAAAAAUCACUUUUUUCCAAAAAUGAUGUGGUGAAGAAAUUAAAGGCUCCAGACAUCAAGGUGAGCAUACCAAAUAAAGGCGCUUCAAACUCGGCACAAACAGCUUUGCAUGAAAAAAGGUCAUGUGAGGUCAAGUCUUUGCCAUCCUUUGGGACCUCUCCGGUUGAAAAUGAUGACCAAACGGCAAACUCGGAACAUGUUCUCCAAAGAACAAAUAAGGAUGUCAGCUCGGAUUCCAUCUCAUCCAAGACAAAACAAAGCCACCCGAAGCCAGAUUUUCCCACGACCAGCAAAGAAAUUGAAACAACAGAGCAGCCUGAUAAAAAAUCUGCCAGAGAAAAUGAUGAUAGCGUUUUAAUGAGAGAAAAAUCCCCUGACAUUGCCAGGACCAGGCCUGUCUCUGAUCUCAUAAAAGAAAACAUACAGCUGCAUGAGAAACUUCGCCACCAGGAUUGGGCCAAGCCCUCUGAGGUCAAAUCUGAUGAGCAUAAUCAAUCUGUGAAGGUAGCGCAAAUGAAGGCCACAUUUGACUCACCUCACAAAUCUCCAGAAAAACUCAUCGAGAGGAAGCCGUCUGUCAGAAAAGAUAUGAAAAGAGUUGUACGGAAUAGCAAAUUCCGUCACGUCUUUGGCCAGGCGGCGAAAAAUGAUCAGUGUUACGACGAUAUCCGGGUGUCAAGAGUCACAUGGGAUAGCACGUUCUGUGCAGUUAACACCAAGUUUGUUGCCAUAAUUAUUGAAGCCAGCGGUGGCGGAGCUUUCCUGGUUCUCCCUCUUCACAAGACGGGACGCAUCGACAAAGCCUACCCAACAGUGUGCGGUCACACGGGUCCAGUGUUAGACAUCGACUGGUGCCCCCACAAUGAUCAGGUCAUCGCCAGCAGCUCCGAGGACUGCUCGGUCAUGGUGUGGCAAAUUCCAGAGAAUGGCCUCGUGGCACCCAUGUCCGAGCCUGCUGUGGAACUAAAGGGUCACUCCAAGCGAGUCGGCAUCAUCACAUGGCACCCCACAGCUCGUAAUGUUCUUCUCAGUGCAGGUUGUGACAACGUGAUCAUCAUCUGGAAUGUGGGCACAGGCGAGGCCAUGAUCAGUUUGGAUGACAUGCAUCCUGAUAUGAUUUACAGUGUUUGCUGGAAUCGCAAUGGCAGUCUCAUCUGCAGUGCCUGCAAGGACAAGUCCAUCCGUAUUAUCGACCCCCGCAAGGAGGAAAUUGUUGCUGAGAAAGAAAAGGCACACGACGGUGCUCGUCCCAUGAGGGCCAUUUUCCUGAAAGAUGGCAAAGUCCUCACCACAGGUUUCAAUCGGAGGAGUGAGAGGUUGAUCGCCCUGUGGGACCCGCAAAACAUGGAGGAGCCCAUGAAUAUGCAUUGUUUGGAUGCUAGCAAUGGAGUGCUCUUGCCCUUCUAUGACCCAGACACCAACUUGGUUUACUGUUGUGGAAAGGGUGACAGCAGCAUCCGUUACUUUGAAGUCACCGAUGAAGAUCCCUAUGUUCACUACCUUAACAGCUAUAUCUCUAAGGAAUCUCAGAGGGGCAUGGGCUGCAUGCCAAAGAGAGGCCUCGAUGUCAACAAGUGUGAAAUCGCAAGGUACUAUAAACUGCACGAAAGGAAAUGUGAGCCUAUCGUGAUGACUGUACCACGAAAGUCUGACCUGUUUCAGGAUGACUUGUACCCUGACACAGCUGGGCCUGACUCGGCCCUGGAGGCCGAGGAGUGGUUUGAGGGCAAGAAUGGUGAACCCAUCCUAAUCUCCCUCAAGAAUGGCUACGUUCCAACCAAGACCCGUGAGUUUGUUGUGAAAAGGAACAUUUUAGACACCAAGGUGACUAAGAGCACAGAGAACUCUUCCUCAGCUUCCCAGAAUUCAUCACUCACAUCAGACGCCAAGCUGGAAGAGAUUUUGAAAGAAAUGAAAUCUCUCAAAGACCUGGUCAGCAGUCAGGAGAAGCGACUUGUCGCACUUGAAGAGAAAAUGUCCAAAAUUGAUAUUUAGGGACUUUUUGCCCGACCUGCUGCAAUCUACUACCUUCCAUUGGCUGGGAGGACGACGCGACCAAUCACUGCCUCUCUUUUUGGCAGUAUUUCGUCUGAGGCCCGCCUUAGCAACAAUCCCUAGCAACAUUCCAGAUGAACUUUUACUAGGCAAACCCAAACCCUCUGCAUAACACAGUUGGUAUAAGGACAUGUGGGAGCUUCUGCAGGAAGUGUCCCCCCCCCCGCCCCCCCCCAGCAAACAACUUUAUCUUUCACUCUGUGGCGGGUUUUUUUCUUGCAUAUUUCACGUCUUACACUAUCAUGUCUUACCAAAUAAUUUCCAAUAUGAGCAUUCCCAUUUUUUUUCUUUUAACCGUUCUGUUGCCAUAUAACAAAAUUGUAAUGGAGUCAAAUUGAACUAUUUGUUUACAUUUUCUUCACUCUGAUGACUUUUUCUUCAUGGUUGUGACGGCACCCAUCAACAUCUACCUAUUUUCUUCUUAUGUCCCCACAUUCUUCUUACACUUACAUGCAUUCCAAUUUAUAAUUUGUACUGUAUGCUUGGUGCAGUAAAUGAAACAAAACUUUUUCCCGUUUUUAAAUGUGCGGCCACCAGAAAUAACCAAUUCAUUGGUCACUAGAACUCUCCUUUGCUUAUGGGAGAGGUUCAAGCACAUUCCACACUCGACUAUAGUCAGGUGUAAUAAAAUCUUUGGUUGCCUUUAAUAGACUCUUUCCAACAAUCAUGUAAAUUGAAGAUUGCCCCAGAAAAUUGCUCGUUCCAAAAAAAAUUGAUUGCGUGAGCUGCCCAAUGUCUUUGAGGCCAACUGUCUGAAAUAUCGUGUCAGCAUGGACAUUCCGUCUUUGCGUAUAGGGGGAUGGGGAAUAAUUUGGUUUUUGCUUCAUUAUUUUUUAGCCUCUUUCUCAUUCCAGCUAUGCUUAUGUCCCCCUUUGAACCUCCACUUUUUUUUUUUUUGCCAAUUCUUGACUCUUGUUGAUAACAAGAACCUUGAUUGUCUCGUGAGUUCAUAAAAAAAAAAAGAUGAAUUUUUAUUAUUUUCCAUCUGAAGAAGAGACGGGUAAAAGUGUUUUGUCAUUUGCUUUGUUGCCACUGUAAAGCCCUGAAAGUGCCAUGGAGGUUUUGUAGAGGACUGUUGUGUAUUAGUGUGUGUAGUUCAAGUAACGUCGUAAAAGGAAGAUAUAAAAAACACUUAAGGGUGCCAAAACGUGCAAGUUCAUCAGGCUUGAUUCCUCAAGAAGUCUCAUUCCUGAAUGAAUAUUUAGAGUCUAGUCUGAAACAUCUCAAAAUUACAACAAGCAGCAUUAAUGGUCCCCAUUUGGACUCUUUACAAGCCAUUAAAAACAAGUAACACCUAGUCAAUAUUAGUGGAUGGAGUAUAGUGGUGCUCUGCUCUCUGUUGGCACCUGAGGUAGGUUUAGAAAAGUAGUGCAAGACAACUAAUCCAAAGGGACACUGUAGGUUGGAAAUUGCGUGUUUGUAUCAAAGUCUAGAAAAUGGGUGGGUGCCGAAGAGGGUCAUUUUAGGGUGGGUGGCUUUUAAAAGUUUCUCCUUGUUUUGUGUUCCCUGCACCUUGCCAUAAU